AUGGGUACCGACCCGCUAAACUCGACUUUGCAGAUGAAGAAGAGGGCGCGUGUUGAUACGCCCACGUCCAAUUGUUCUUGCUCUGUUACGGUUCGCAUGGCUUGUGAUAAAUCAGCCAACAAUGGAUUCAUCUCACUUUGGUUUGCAGGACCGCUUGCUAACUCGCCCGAGAAAAGACAGGACCUGGUCUUGAAUAUUAUCCCAACAAUCAUUUUGACCUGUGACUUUGCGCCUGGAAACGGGGUCAGGGACACCUCAACACUGUCGCUAAACCUCUCCGAACCUGGCGCGGUCUUCGGUCCCAUCGGAACAGACUCUCUCAGGCCAUUCAACCCGGACGACCGAGAAUUCCACUCAUUCGCUGCCAUCUGCAAAUCCACAAUCUUACGUCUAAACCUCUCUCGCCAGCAAUUCCAGGGGACAGACCUUAAAAAGCUAUCAUCCAUAUCGAGCUUUCUUCAACGAAGGUCUGUCCAGCCGAGGCCUUUCGAGUUUGAGCGACACCACUUGGCUCCAAAAAAUCACAAAGAUUUUGAUUCGCCGCCCAAACCACCCCCAUACAGUGAACAGGAUGUGUCUCAGCGAGUCGCAGAGGUGCAACCCCCUCCGUAUCAUGGGCAGACCGUUGGCGAACAGGUGAUUAGCAAACGACCAAUAGACAUUGGGUCAACCCCUGCUAGUAAUGGAAGAUCAAAACGAAUGCGUCUCCAAUCACCCCAAUUCACACACUGUGCCGACAAAAUUAACCGAGCAAGCGUUCUCUGUGAACCCAACACACCGAGUGUGCCCACUGAACCCAAUUCGCCUAGUACUCGUCUCUCUGUGGCAUCAUCUAUCUGCCCAACACCCUUCACACUCAGCGCCUUUCCGGAUCUCAUCGAGCACAAGGAGCCCGCACGCCCUGGACAGGAAACCCCCAAUGCUAGCGAUGACAACACAUCGAGCUCCGAUUCUUCUCCAUCACGAUCCAUCCGCCCAACGUGUUUCAGGCACGCCGCCUCUACCUCCAUCAAGCAUAGGAAGCUCGUGGGUCUGAGGGAAGACCGCUCUCAUGAUCCCGGUGAGCCAAUUUCCUCUACCCAGAGAGGCUCUCAUGCCUCCCCGGCACGAUAUUUCCGUCCACCAUGUUUCACACAUGCCUCAUCGCCUGAUUCGCCCGGGCACUGGAAACUCGCACAUCUCGAACAGGAACUUCGUAAUACUCCGGAUGAGCUGAUCCGUGAGCUUUUAAUUCGGGUUGGACGUCCACAUCUCCUCGCUGCGCCAACAGAUACAACUGGCACGCCGUCGUUCAUGUUUGAGGUCGGAUCCGCCAAGGCCGAAACACUUGAAGAACGACUCGAACGAUUAGUUGAUCAAAGAAUCGAACAUUACCUGGAAUCCGGCGAUUCACAGUUGAUCGCAAAGUUGACCGAGCGUGCUACAAGUGAGUGUCGUGAGCACAUCUCCGAUGAAUUCAAGACUCGCGGGGACGAUUUCGAGGAAGAGGUCGAAAGUGGUAUCUUCGAGGUUCGUCGGGCAGUUGAAGAAGGUCUGGAGGAAAUCAGAAAGCAACAUGAUCAGUGUGAAGAUGAUCUGAAGGAUCGUGGCGUCAAGGUUGUCACUGCUGCGGAACAGGCUGUGUCAAACUUGAUGCACUGGUACAAUCCUCCUAGGCAGAACUUACACGACAGAAGGUUGUGCCCGCCCCAUGGGCUCGGCAUCAAUACCAGGCGUAGGUCUACCUAG